AUGGAACGCCCGGCCGCCUGUUUCGAGUUGUUCGCCGUGCCGCGAGCCGCCCUCCUCACAGUUUCGCUCCAAUUUCUGACGAUGCUUCUCGAGGUAGCCAUCUAUUUUAUUCUCGAAUCGAAAGGCUACUUUGUGAGCGAGCACGUCUUCCGAACCGUCAUUCUGCUCGUCGCCACCGUCUACAUCGGCGGCGCCGUGCUCGCCGCGUUCGGAAUUCUGACGAAGCGCAAGAUUCUGAUAACCGUGCACACGACGAUCACGAUGACGCUGAUGCUUCUGACCGACGUGCUCGCCGUCUCCAUAAUUUUGCUCAUGGCAAUAGGAAAGAGAUCAACUUAUUUGAACGAGCUGCCCUCGCAGUUUGUCAACGAACGCAAGUUCUACAGGUAAACAUUGUUUUGUGCAUGUUCGCUUCAAUGAGAAUUCAGCGUGCUCGGUCCGUUUUGGAUGUACCUCGGAGCGAUUUCUCUUCAUAUCACUGUCGCCGUCAAUAUGGCGUUUUUACAGCCGCUCAAUGAAUUUGUCACGUCUGUUCAGGUAAUUUUAAAGUUUUCACAUGGGAUUUCCGUAGAGCGCGAUUGACAGAAUUCUGUAAGGUACCGAAAAAAAACCAGCAUAUACGAUGAAUUUUCAAGAAAAAUCAUAGAAAUGCAGCCUUGAGUGCACGGUGACCAAACCGUCAUUCUGCCCGUCGUUUGCUCAGCUAGAAAUAGCAAUGAAAGGUCGUUUUUCACCGAUAUCUAACAAACAAAUUACAGAAAAGUGCCGGAAAAUCCCUAUUUUUGCAAUCACACUUUCCUUUUUCACGGUCUCCAGAGCUGACAAUGAGCGCAAGUGCGCCCCGCCCAAUGGAGCGAUACAUUGGCGCGAAAUUCAAAUUUUAACAGCAAAAUUUGCGUUUUUGGCUAGAUUAGUCACGGAAACCCGAUAAUUUCUCAUUUGUCUCUCGAUAGACCGGUUGUAUAGGCUAUUACAAAUUUUUUAAGCGCAAGAGCGUUAAAUUUGGUCAAGUCGCAAAUCACAUUUAUCCGUUUGAAGGUUUUUGGCUAAAACUGCGUGAAUUUCAGUUGCUUUUCGGUAAUUUUCGCGGUUCGAGCGCUUAAAAUUCUUGUAUUUACGUGAUUUAUCAUUCUCAAAACCAAUUCUGUCUGAAAACGGUCAAGAAAGCGCAAAAUGAGAAGUGCGGUUUUUAGGCGGCGAUCGGCGAAGGCGAAAAAGCAAAGUCCGCGAAAAAUGCGCCAAAACGGCAUUAAUUCUGAGAAUUAGUGUGUUUUCAUGUCGAACUAUCAUUUUUCAUCGCAUUUGACCACAAAAAUUAGAGAAAACCUGCUCAAUUCAUGAAAACGCCAUUUGGCCGAGGCCACGCCCAUAUUGUCAGCUCUGGAGACCGUGUUUUCCAUUUGUAUUCGCCGGUUUGUGCCUAACGAGAAGCGCAUAUAGUUAUAUAAACCCCCGUUCUGAAAAUCCCUUAUUUCCUGCCAAAACGAAGAAAAAUGGCGAAAAGAACCUGUUCCUGGCCCCGUCUCUUCCGCAUCUUCGCCCCACAAUUAGUCAAGGAUACACACGACCUCUAAACUUUUUUCGCCCUCACUUUUUCCCCUUGGCGCCCUUUUCAAAAGAGAGUCAUCCACUACUAUUAAGCAUGCUUUUUGUGUCGUCCUUGACGUCGUCGAGGAACAUACAUUUAUGCAAUUAUUAUGUGAUGCGGGUGGUGGCGUAACCUUGGAGGAGCGAGACGUACAAACGCCUUUUGUUGUUUUGUUUCAGAAGGAAUCCGAGAUGGCAAAGUCGGCACUUCAGACUGCUUCCUCUUCUGCGUACUGUGUCGACAUCAAAAAACAAUAA